AUGCAGAUAUGUGAUUAUAGUAGUCUUAUAUUUGUUGGGAAUACCACCGUGUUGCUCAUUCUGGCCUUGACAACAGACUAUUGGGAAUACCGUAAAUUCAACAUUGGACAAGUGGUUACAUCUCUCGCGGCAACCAAUGAGGCCCGCGUUGAGGUGCCGGUGGAUACUAACUCUUACAUCCAGAUUAGAACAUUCAAAAAUAUCAGCCAAAAUACUUCCGCCAUUACUUCAGACCCAUUCAGUGAGAGUGUUUACCAUGCGCCAGCGUUUAUGGUGAAACGCACAGUUUGGGGUGGCAAAAGUGAACGUGGGAAUCAGAGCAAAGAUACUCACCAUUCAUUUAUACAAAUAAGACAUGAGAUCAACAUUUUUCAACAAUAUGGAAACUUAUUUAGAGACUGCGACGACCUUGAACUUUGCAUCUUUGCUCUUCCAGCUCUGGAGCCGAUGGCGAGCGCAUGCGCACUGGCGUGUAUACUGCUGAUAUCUCUUGGGUUUGUUGCCGGCUGGUACGGGACAUUUUCUUCAUGUCACCGAGUCUCCUUUUUUCAGAUUGCCUCUGUUUCAUCUCUAUGUGCAGGUUUCUGUCUCACCCUCGGUAUCGCGUUAUUCCAUGGAAAGUGCUACGUUCUACGGAAACUGAAGCUGUUCUCGGGAGAGGAGUUUCCAGUCAAGGAUCUACUGGAGCGCUCACGUAUCACCGUGUAUGGCUGGUCGUUCUCCCUUGCUUGGCUUUGCGUGUUUUGCUGCUACAUAUCCGCAUAUGUGUGGCUGGUGAAAGCCCAGGGGCCACGGGAAUGGCGAGGUGGGCAGGGGGCACCAGGGUCCGUGGCCCUGCAGAAAACCAGUGUUAUUGCGAGAUGGAGUCCUAAGGAAUGUUCUGUCAGUGACAUUGCAACUAUAUAGAAUGGUAAAAAAUGAAGUAUUAAAUUGACCUAUCAAACUUUUUUUCUAACAUGCGUGCGCAC